AUGUUCGCUCUUCUGUCUUAUGCUACAAAUCUCUCAAUAAUAUACAUCGUCCUCACGCUAUCCCUCUACAUGCUCUCCCCCAUCCUUCCCAUCGCCGGUUUCUUCGCCCGCAUACUCACCGGCUACAUCGCCCUCAUCAUUUGCGCCUGCUACGGCGUCUUCAUCUCCAUCAUCCUGCGCUUGGUAGGAAACUAUCGCACAUCGCAAUGGGCUGUCGCUCGCGCCUUCAAAUGGAUUAUGUGGUUUACCACCGGCGUGACCUUCGUUGUCGAAGAUCCCCAUAACUAUCUAGGCACGACACGCCCCGCAGUCAUUAUCGGCAAUCAUCAAACCGAACUCGACGUGCUGAUGCUCGGCUGUAUCUUUCCUCGAUUCUGCUCGGUGACUGCGAAGAAGAGUUUGAAGAAUGUGCCAUUCUUAGGCUGGUUUAUGAGCUUGAGUGGCACGGUUUUCAUCGAUCGUGCUAAUGCGAAGGAUGCGCGACAGGCAAUGGCGGGGGCAGUGACGGAGAUUAGAGAGGAGAGACAGAAUGUUUAUAUGUUUCCUGAGGGAACAAGAAGUUAUGCAAAGGAACCGACACUUUUGCCUUUUAAGAAGGGAGCUUUUCAUUUGGCGGUGCAGGCGGGGGUACCGGUUGUGCCGGUUGUGGUGGCCUGUUAUAGUGAUGUGUUGCAUGUGCAGAGUUGGAGGUUUCGAUCGGGAAGAAUACCAGUUAAGGUCCUGAAACCAAUCGAAACGAAAAACCUUACAUCGGCGGAUGUUGAAGAUCUGGCGAGAGACACGAGAGAAUUGAUGCUGAGGGAACUGAUAGCUUUGACUUCGAGGAGAGAAAGAAAGCCAAUAGCUAUGCCGGCACAAAAUGCAGAUGGGGUCGUGAAAGCUACUGGCGUGGAAGCACAAGUAGAGCAUCAUAUACUAUGA